AUGUGCAUCUAUCUCUGGCAAAUGUACAUCAUGAGGUCUCGUAAUGUAUGGACGAAGGAAGUGGGGUCAAAAUGUCUGCUUGCGCAGUUGUUUCCUUGGAAAAACUACAAGAAGCCCAGUCCCACUUGGGAAUCAGUUAUUGUACACCUGGUUGAUGAGCCUGAUGGGGUGAUGCAGUGUCCGUCUCUAGGAGGUAAACUUGGCCAUCCAUUCUUCAACCACAGUCGUUUGUAA